AUGAAGCGCAUCGUUGCACCAAAGCGAUGGUCGAUCGUAAAUCACGUUGAGCACCCUCCGCUUAUGCCGAAGCAGCUCUUACAGGGUGUCUGCGGCGGGCUGCGGUGGCUCGAGUCUAAGAACCUCGCUGAGUUCUUGGCAAAGCGCGCCAUCGAAGACGGUUUUCCCUGUACAAAGAAGCAGCGGAGGGCUUUCGACGUGCGACCACCACCACCAUCGCGUCCAGGACCUCGCAAGAGCCGACUGCACAAAAAGAGUCUGGCGCGCCGCCCUGACGGGGCUGUACGACGGACUGAGGGCACUCUGGAGCCACCUCGCACGACAGGUGCCAGUGACGCCCUCGUCUCUUCCAGCACAGCACUUACGUUGAGCUCCUCGUCUGUCUUGGAUGCUCUGGUGCUACGGGAAAAGCAGAAACGACUCGUUACGUACGACGUUUUGGACUGUACAUUUGGCUCCGGCUUUCACACUGGUGUGGUGCUUGAGAACGGUCGACCAUACACCCGAGUUGUUGCGAUGGAUUGCGACGUGGCGGCGACGGUGAGCGCGCGCAAGAUCGCUGAUGAGUUCGGCGCCAAAAGGUUUCGAUUCUAUGCACGUCCCAUGUCGGAGGCCAAGGCCAUGUUUGGCGAGCGUUCCUUCGAUGCCGUUAUGAUUGACCCUGGACCGUCGUUCACUCAACUCGAGAACCCUGAGCGGGGCUUUCUUCUGGGUGAUGAGAGCGACCAUGCACUCGACAUGCGCUACGGGCUGAUGUACAAGCUCGGGGCGCUAGAGUACCUCAACACGGUGCCGCAGCAUGCCCUCUCCGGCGCUCUCGCUUCCUACGAGCUGCUGACUCCUCAGCAGUCCAUGAAGCUGGCUCGAGCCAUUCGGCAACGGCGCCCCUUCGGUGGCGCGCAUCGCGUGCUAGAGGUGGUGGAGGAGGCAGGUAACGAGCUCCCUGAAGAGGGGUGGAUGAGCCAAGGUAGCCGACGGAAGACUUCGAUGUCAUGGAACUUCAUAACGUCGUUGAGAUGCAUCGUGAACCACGAGCGCCAGGAGCUGAGCGAAGCCCUGCAAAAUGCGCUGCUGCUCCUGCGCGCCGAUGGUCGACUUGUUGUCUUUUCUCGUCUCCUGUGGGAGGAGAAGCUGAUCUCCGCCACUAUCAGCCAGCACCCGCAUGCUCUGCUAAGUUACUCGGAGGUUAUUCCCAUCGACGAAGUGCAGGAGCACGGCCACUCACGCCACACAAAGAUGUGGAUUGUCACUCGCACCCACAGCUCCUCGUACGUUCUCAAGAACAGUCAGGAGCUCACGGAGGAGGCGGUACAGGAGAGCUCGAUGCGGUGGAUGGGCGGCCUCUUCGCUGGCCAGACGUUUGGCUUCCCAGCGAACAACUUCACUUUUGAGAGCAAGGAUCGGAAGGACUGGGCCGCAGUGCGCAGAAACAAGAACCCACCACCCUUCGACAGCGAUGAUGAUCCACGAGGCUAA